AUGAGACGGCUAUUGAUUGGUGGACAAAGGCAAAAGGAAAAAUGUCGCGCAGUUGUUUCAUAUGAAACGAUGUGGCAGUGGAGUUUGAUAAUGAUACGGAGCCUAUGUAAUCGACCUGUGCGUUACUCAGCGUGUCGUACUUAUGAAUGUACGCAGUCAGAAGCGGUUGAGUUGCGAAUGCACUGUGGAAGACCGCACGCAAAGGUCGUCUUUUUGCAUCCGUUGCGUGUGCGUUGUUGCACUGAUGCUUCAGUCGAUGUGAGAUGCUCUUUCUCUCUGGCUCUCUCUCGCAGAUCAUCUCAACAAAGAACGGGGAAUCGUAUGGGAUGGCAUUGGCAGAUGCGGUAUACUGCCGAUGUGAAAAUUAGAUCGUAUGGCAGUUCAGCAAGUGUACGGCUGUGGCUUGGCAGGCAGGCGAUUGUGUGGAAUGUAACUACGCCAUUAACUUUUCAACACUGGCAACGCUUUUUUAAACGAAAUUUCGUAAAAAAAACGGAAAAGAGACGCCAUUAUAGUUGA